CCCGAGGCGUCAGUAUGACCGGGGAGGCGAGAGUGGCCGGACGCAUCCUCAACUUUCUCUUGCCUGUCGCUCACUGAACUUUCUCUGCCAGGGCUUGCCACACACACCGCCGAGAUGUUCAGCAAGACCAAGCCCUCGGACACCCUCUCUACGGGCAACAUUUACCUCAUCUUCUACAACAUCUUCUUGAGCCUCGGAUGGCUCAUUGUUUUAAUCCAAGCAACACAUCAUUUGGUAUUUGAAGGAAGUUUGACAGGCCUAUGGGACAGCACUAGCUCUGUACUCAAGAUUUUUCAGACACUAGCUGUACUAGAGAUUGUACAUUCUGCUGUGGGUCUGGUUCCAUCCAGUGUCAUGAUGGUAAUACCCCAAGUAUUUUCACGUCUCAUAGUGCUGUGGCCUGUUCUCUGCACCUUCCCGAACACUCAUACCAGCCUAGGUCUGCCCCUGUUACUGAUUGCUUGGAGUGUGACAGAAGUUAUCAGAUACUCCUUCUACUUCCUCAACGUUCUUAAGCAGGUUCCACACAUGCUUACCUUCCUCAGGUACACUCUGUUUAUUGUGCUGUAUCCAGUAGGUGUGACAGGGGAGCUGCUGUGUGUGUAUGCAGCUUUACCUGCAGUAGCUGAAACACAUGCAUACUCAAUCACCUUCCCUAAUGCCCUUAACUUCAGCUUCAGUUUCUACUAUGCAUUAAUCAUCUUUGCAUUGCUGUACUUGCCAUGCUUCCCAAUACUCUACAUGCAUAUGUUAUCCCAGAGGCGCAAGGUUCUUGGUAGCACACACAAAAAGAGGGAAUAAGAAUUCUGGCUUCUUGCGUGUACUGUACUUCUUCCUUAAGAAUUUAAGUCAGAUAAUUUAUACCAUUAUUUGGAUCUAUUAGUCACAAAAUCUAUUUUCAAUGCUUGUGAUCUCUCCCAUUGCAUAAUUACAGUUUCAAGGAGAAAUAUUGAUCAUGUUGUUUAUCAAACACGUUUAACUUUAAGUUACGCAAUUGUAUUUAUUACUCGUUAUGGUGAAUCGGGUGCAUCAACCACAGUACUCGUCAAAGGUAUGCGGUGCCCUGCUCACGCCCCUCCCAUGCAACAAACAGUAAGAGAUAUAUAGUAAAUAAUGUAUUAUAAUUACCUUUUAAUAAUUGGUUGAACUUUUAUCUUCUUCACUGCUGGGAGACUUGAAAGAGCCAAGUUUCUUAGAUGUUGAUGCAAGAUGUUUGCCCAGGACUGAUGGAUGAUGGCCUUUUGAGCUUCAGUUUGGAGCAGAUGUCUUUCUCCUGCAGAUCCUCCACUACCAUGUGCCAGAGGUUCUCAAUUGGGUUGAGAUCUGGCCUGUUACCUGACCAAUCUUUUAUGAAGGGCAUCAUGCACCGAAAAAAUUUGGCAAAUAUUCAGAAAGCAAUUUCAGGUAAAUGGCUUAAUUAAAGGUUUUUAGGAAGCACAAAAUAUUUGCCAAAACCCCUGUCUGAGAAAAAAAAUCCACGCCAUAAGAAAACCAAGUGGCUUGAUGAAUGCAGGCUACUCUUCAUAAAGGAUUGCCAGGUAAUAGCUCAGAUCUGAACCCAAUUGAGAACCUCUAAGACAUGGUGGUAGAGGAGAAUUUGCAGGGGAAAGAUGUCCGCUUCAAACAGAAACUCUAAGCCGUCUGUCAGUCCUGGGCAAACAUUCUCACCUGGAAAACGCUUCUUUUUUCCUACCUCGAUGUCUCAAAGCCACAAAGAAAAACCACCUAAGUAUUAAAAGGUAAUUAUAAUACAUUUACUAUAAAUUUCCUUGUAUUGUUUGUGUGGGAGGGGAGAGAGCAGGGCGCUGCAUACUUUGACGAGUACUGUCUAUGAUUAAAAUUAAAGGUUUUAUUUGUAUGUUUUUUGUGAUUCCACUUGUUUACCGAAGAAGGCAUCGAACCAGAAGAGCAAUGUAGUAUUGAUAAAAUUGAAGUAAAACUUGUUCCUAUCCAUUCUACUUUCAUUGUGGCAUAUUUUAAUUUCUCUAAUUCUCAACUGAAUAAAACUAUUUAUUAAUAUCUGGAAAAGUGGUAAGAUUGAUCUUUUUGACUGUUACAAUUAAACAUUGCAUAUUUUGUCUAAAUGAGGCUCUAGUUACAUCCAUAUACCAUUCGUAAACUAAUAUAAAAAUAAAUAUUGAAUUGUA